GAUGAGCGCCGCAACCCCAGAGUCGGCCAUGACUGGACCUAAUGGUCAGGGGUCCCUUUACCUACCUAGGUGGUAUCGCAUGGGGUUUUUAUUAACCACCAGUACUUGGCAUGGCAAAAGCUUCACACUCCCAGGAAUAGUUUAAUUCAAGCUGUUUUGAUUAAGUAUUUGCGACUCUCCAGGGAACCUAAUUAAUGCCUUUCCUUCUAACUUCGCCCACUUUCAUGAAGUUGUAUCAUGAUGUUCUUCUACAUCUAUCUAAUCACACCGUUUUCAAGUGGGCCUGAUCCCUUCCCGAUAUUUCUUAAAUGACAUUUUCCCUUGUUGUUGCUCUAGUGUCAUCAGCCUGACAAUGGCUGAUGCAUCAUAAUCUCCACCUAGGCACACACAGGGACCGGCUGUUUGCACAGAUCUCAGCCCAGAGAAGCAGCGGUGACAACGGCGGCAGCAUGAGUAACCCAAAUGCUGGGCCCGGACAGGGCUCUAAUCCCAAUUUGGUUUCAAAGGCAGUCAAUACUGACCUGAAAGGGCUGAUUCAUUGCCAUUUGCCAAGCUUUUCAUACAGACAUGGAAUGAUUCCAAAGCUCUACGUGAUGCCCUGGAAACAAGAUAUGAAGUAUCGGGAUAUGGCUUUAAAGCAUGCUAAACUUGUUGAGCUAUAUUCCGGCCCCCUUGAAGACAGUCUGUUUCUGGAGAAGCGUGAAAGGCAUUGUCAUGGAGAGGACCGAAAGCAACUUCUUCAAAAAGUUCCCUGUCAACUGACCGUUGAAGACAUUCCCAUUUAUUCCCAUCUUUCUAGAUACCAUAAGUCCAUGGUGGCUUAUGGCUUCAGGAUCAGACUCUGAGGUGCUUUUCUCCAGCGACAGCUGCAUCGGCCACAAAUUAAACAAUGCUGCAUGAAAACAG